ACGGCCACCGGCGCCGCCAUCUGAUUCCCUCCGCUGUCACCAUUCGGCACCUCUCCUUUGCCACCCAUGAAGAAGCAGCUGCCGAGCGCCGCCGCCAGAAACGCCGUCUCCGCGUCGAACCCCACGCUGUCAUCCCUUAACCGCUCCCAGCAACCCAUCCAACCGAAACCCAUCCAAAAUCCUAACGCCUCCAAAAUACCCGAGCCCAUAUCGGCGCUUUCUGGGAAUCGGCUCAAUCUCCAUAGCAGAAUCCUCACCCUCAUCCGCCAGAAUGAUCUCGAAGAGGCGGCUCUCUUCACCCGCCAUUCCACCUACUCCAAUCGUCUCCCCACGAUUUACACCGUCAAUGCUGUCCUCAACGCGCAGCUCCGCGAAUCGAAAUACUUCGAUCUCCUUUCUCUCCAUCGGUUCAUCACCCAAGCUGGCGUCGUUCCCAAUGUCGUCACCUAGAACCUCAUUUUUCAAACUUAUCUCGACUGUGGAAAACCUGAUACUGCCUUGGAGCAUUACAAGCAGUUUAUAAAUGAUUCGCCGGUCAGUCCCUCCCCUACAACUUACAGGAUUUUGGUGAAGGGAUUGGUGGAUAAUGGGAAGUUGGAGAGGGCUAUUGAGUUGUUGCAGAAUAUGGGUGAGAACUGAGAAGGGUUUGGAUGCUGACCCAGUUGUGUAUUGUUAUUUAAUGUUGGGUUCUGCGAGAAGUGGGGACGUAGAUGGGAUUUUUAGCCUUUAUGAGGAGUUGAAGUUGAAGAAAGGUGGGUUUCUGGAUGACGGGGUGAUCUAUGGGAGUUUGAUGGAGGUGUAUUUCAUGAGAGGGAUGGAGAAAGAGGCUAUGGAAUGUUAUGUGGAGGCUUGUGGGGAGAAUGCAAAGGUGAAGAUGAGUGCUGUUGCUUACAAUUCAGUGCUAGAUGAGUUGAGCAAGAAUGGGAAGUUUGAUGACGCCUUGAAGCUAUAUGAUCGGAUGAAAAAUGAGCAUAACCCACCUAGGCGGUUGGCUGUGAAUUUAGGGAGCUUUAAUGUGAUUGCUGGUGGAUACUGUGCAGAAGGGAGGUUUAAUGAUGCCAUUGAGGUUUUCAGGAAGAUGGGUGAUUAUGGGUGUAGUGCAGAUACCUUGUCAUUCAAUAAUUUGAUUGAUCAGUUGUGCAAAAAUGGAAUGUUGGUUGAAGUUGAAGAGCUUUAUGAAGAAAUGGUUGAUAAGGGGGUGAAUCCUGAUGAAUAUACUUAUUCUCUAUUGGUGGAUUCUUGCUUUCAGGUGGAUAGAAUUGAUGAUGGGGCUGCGUAUUUUCGAAAGAUGGUGGAGUCAGGAUUGAGGCCAAACUUGUCCGUUUACGGUAGACUGUUUGAUGAAUUGAUUAAGGUGGGCAAGGUUGAUGAGGGAAAAUCAUUCUAUGAUAUGAUAGUUAAGAACUUGAAAAUAGAUGAUGCGAGCUAUAAGUUUAUGCUGAAGGCAAUGAGUAACAUGGGGAAAUUACAUGAUGUGUUAAAAAUGGCUGACGGGGUAUUGGAUGAAGGAGCUGAGUUUAGUGAGGAAUUGCCAGAGUUUGUUAGAGAGUUAUUGGGAAAGGAAGGAAGAGAAGAGGACUUGACAGACCUUAUGGAGGAGAAAGAGAGGCAGAAGGCUGAAGCAAGAGAGGCAGAAGGCUGAAGCUAGGGCCGGAGAGGCUGAGGCAGCAGAAGCAGCCAAGAGAAGCGCAAGAGCUGCUGUCUCUUGCUUGCUUCCCUCUAAGCUGUUCGGAAAUAAGGAGGUUGAAUCCAAGUCCCCAGUGGCCUCGGUAAAUGCUGUUGAUGCCACCUCUGCCAAUGAAGCAGAAUCUAGUAAGGAGAAUUUUGAGGAGGCUACUCUUGCAGAUGCAAGCUCAAUGGAGGAAGCCAUCAAGAGGGAGCAUUCUGAUGAAACAGAGUCUGAAAGCGAUCACUAGGUAACAACCUGGAGAUCUAAUGAAGCGUUGGCCAUUUUCCUUUUCCUUGGAAAUACUAGAAUUCAGGUAUUAAAAUUUUAAUUAGCACAUAUCUGUCAACUUGAAACAGGACAUGCUUUUGAGGUUGAUUGGUUUUACAUUUAGUCAGCCUUGAAAAUUAAUGUCCCACUGAGACUUUUGCUUUAAGUUAACACAAGCACAGAGAAGAAGCAAUCUAUAAAUUGAUGGCUUAAAA